AUGGAAUGCCUGGUGUGCUUUGCCCUCUUGCUCCUGCUGGCCUUUAAUGGACUAAUGCCCAGCGCUGAGAGGCACAAGGAGGGACCUCACAGUGACCGUGCCCUGAAAGAUGCAGCUCAGAAACGCUCGUCUCGCUCCUCGGACCUGAAGGCGGGCCGCUGCUCCUACACCUUUAUCGUGCCCCAGCAGAAGCUGAAGGGUGCCCUGUGCGUCAGCCAGGAGUCCAUCGGUCGCGCCGCCGCCGCCAACCACUCAGAGGUGGUGUCGCUGCGGCAGGAGCUGAGCCGUCAGCAGGAGCAGCUGGAGAGGGUGCGUGCGCAGCUGGAGCAGGAGGGCGCCAUGGCAACCGAGGUGCGGGCACUCCGGCGGGAAAGCGGUGCCAUGAACGCCCGCAUCGCCCAGCUCUACGCCGAGCUGCUGCAUGAAGUCACCCUCAAGAAGGGCCAGGACCUGGAGCAGCGGAGACUGGAGAACCUGCUCCUCAACGCCACGUCUCAGGUGCUGCAGGUGACCAGCAGCUACAGAGAGCUGGAGAAGAAGUAUGAGGCCCUAACCUCUAUUAUAAGCAACCAGAGCCAUCUGCUAAAAGAUCUGGAAAAACAGUGUCAACUCGGCAACAAACCCUCACAGACAGAAAAAGAGAAGGCACCAUCCUCUAGUUUCCCGUCCAGUCCGAAAUCCAAUGAUGUCCAGAGAGACCAGAGUGCCCCGCCACCAAACUCCAAGUCUGUGCGGGGCGUCCAGGAAGUGGUCACAGCCUCACCUGCCCCCUCCACUGACUCCCCAUUCAUCAGCUUCCCCGUCACCAAGAGCCCAGGCCCGUGGCGGGACUGCCAGCAUGUGCUGGAGUCCGGUGAGACCACCAGCGGCAUCUACCUGCUGCGGCCGCAGGGCACCAACCUCCUGGUGCAGGCCUGGUGCGAGCAGAGCCGCGCCCAGGGGGGCUGGACCGUCAUCCAGAGGAGGCAGGACGGCUCCGUCAACUUCUUCCGCACCUGGGAGUUUUACAAGCAAGGCUUUGGGAAUCUGGACGGGGAGUACUGGCUGGGCCUGGAGCACCUCUACUGGCUUGCUGAACAGGCCACCUACAAGCUGAGGGUGGCCAUGGAGGACUGGAAGGGGCGCCAUGUGUUCGCCGAGUACGACAGCUUCCGCCUGGAGCCGGAGAGUGACUGGUACCGCCUGCGUCUGGGCAACUACAAUGGCAAUGCUGGGGACUCGCUCUCGUGGCACAGUAACAAAGCUUUUACCACUCAUGACCGUGACAAAGAUUCAUAUUUAGGAAACUGUGCCCACUACCACAAAGGAGGCUGGUGGUACAACAUGUGUGCCCACUCCAACCUGAACGGUGUGUGGUACAGGGGCGGGCACUACCGGAGCCGCUACCAGGACGGAGUCUACUGGCAAGAGUUCCACGGAGGUGCAUACUCUCUCAAGAAGGUCACCAUGAUGAUCAAACCCACUUAAAUCAGUCAGGUCAACACCAAAGACACGCUGUGGUCACAGCUCUCACAUGAUGGACAUAUUGAGCACCAGGCGUCUCAGGUUUUUGGCGAGAUUUUUAGGUGUGGACUGUCACUCAACAAUGUGUGGACGAAACAGACACACUUUUUGUCCACACAUCUGAGGGAAAAAAAGGUCCCAGCUUCAAGUGGACAUUUUCCACUUAAUGAUGUGUGAUUCUGAAUAUAUAUGAAAAAUCACAAUGAGAAAAGAUAGGUUUUAUAGUGAUGUGUGUUCAUCGAUUGUUGAUGAGUUCCUGAGCCAACCCCCACGCAGAGCAAUAUGUUGUUUUAUAAAGCGAUGCAGUAUGUGAUCUUGAGCCAACCCCCACGCAGAGCAGUAUGUUGUUUUAUAAAGCGAUGCAGUAUGUGAUGAGUUCUU